UCGACCUCUGCGCGGACGCAGACCGAACCCUGAAAUUCAUUAUGCCUUUAAAAUCCUUAUUUAUUUCCGCAUAACCUACAUAGUCUCACCAGGAGGCCAGAGCGAAAAAAACAAUAUAUUGAUGCGGGAUAUUUAAUUUUUAAAUCGUGGAAGACUUUUUGGAAGCGUGAUUAGCCGGUUAAAAAAUCGUUUAGAAAAGUAGAUUGUAAUUUAUGAAGAAAAUGUCCGGAGAGCGAAACCGCAGGUCGCUGGCUUUUCGAGGAGGUGGAUUAGCCGUAACCGGUUCCAGUGCUGUCCGAAGCAGUAAUGGUAACAGCCGGGAGGCCCAGGUUUGGCAAGAUCGACACUUAAAUGGGAACAGGCCAGAUCAAGAGGAGGAUAGGGAUCUGGGGGCAAAAGGACCAUCGUUGGGCAAAGUGGAGGGCGGAGGGUCCGUCAGCGACAGCACAGAACCAGAGGCAGAGGAGGAAGAGGACCCGGAAGGGGGUAAAUGGACAUCCGAGAAAGAUGUUGACAGUACCCGUUGGCCGAUUUCGAAUGAUGGGGGAGAGGGCGAUAGUUGGACAACCGGCAACGGUAUGAACAGCGAAGACGGCGCAGGCAGCGGUGCCACGGGAUCCGAAGACGAUAGAGUCGAAGCGGGGAGUGGGGGAGACAAGGAGGAGUCGGGUGCCAGAAAAGCUUGGGUAGAAAUGAGACCCCAGACGCUGCUUCUAAAACACUCGUUUUUCCAAGCCUCUUGGUUGCAGGAGUUUCCGUGGUUGAAAUUUUGUGAAGAGACAGGACUUAUGUCUUGCUCUUGGUGUCACAAUAUUGCCACUAACAGCGACGAUUUGGUCAAAGGCAGCCGAAAUUAUAAACGGGCCUUGCUGCAAAGACAUCACCUGUCCUCGGAGCACGGCAGGAAUGACCCGACCAAACAGGAGGUUGAGAGGUCAGAGGACACGGAGAGCACCGAGGUCGAGGACUACAAAAGUAAGCCCAGCGAGAACUCGUACUGCUACCAGCUGCUCCAGGAGCUGAACAAGCAGCGAAAGAGUGGCAUCUUGUGUGACGUCAACAUUGUGGUGAGUGGCCAGGUGUUCCGGGCGCACAAGAACAUCCUGGUCGCCGGCAGCCGCUACUUCAAAACCCUUUACUGCCUUACCAAAAACGAGGGCAACGAACAGACCACCAUCACUCACCUGGACGUGGCUGCUGUGCAGGGCUUCUCAGUCAUCCUGGACUUCCUGUACUCUGGCAACCUGCUGCUCACCAGCCAGAAUGCCAUCGAGGUGAUGUCCGUGGCCAGCUACCUGCAGAUGACAGAGGUGGUGCAGUCAUGUCGCGCCUUCAUCAAAGACGUGCUUAACAUCAGCAUCAAGCAGGAGGCACCACACUCAGUCGUUGUGGACUACAACAAACGCUGUACUGUGCCCAGUGAUGGCCAGGGCAUGGAUAAGAAGCCCAGCAACUUCUGGGCCACCAGCAUCCUGUCAAAGCUGUCAAUCAAGGCCAGUGGGCAGGUGAAGGAGGAGCCUGGAGAUGCUGACGGUUCAGCAGGGGAGGGUUGUGCACUGGGCAGCUCAGGCUGGGGUGGGGACAACUCUUCAGAGUCCACGGAGGCAGAGCCACCAGGCCCGGGACCAGUCUUUGUCUGGAACGAACCCACAGCAGGCACCAGGGCCGCCGCUAAGAGGGAGGUGCGGCACGAGCCUGGCAGUGGCAGGCGAAAAAAGCAGAUCGCGAGACGCUUCGUCUACAACAUCCCUCCUGAGCCAGAGGAGGGCUUUGACGAGGGCAUGUUCAUCCAGCCUUCCGCUUCCUACUCCAGAGAGGACUUCUCUUAUCUCUCUGAGAAUGCAGGAGAAACGUCUGACACCGCCCUGAAUAAGCUCAAGUGUCCCCACUGUAACUACAUUGCCAAGCACCGACGAACACUAAAGAGGCAUCUGAUCAUCCACUCAGGCGUACGCUCCUUCAGCUGUGACAUCUGUGGCAAGCUCUUCACCCGCCGAGAGCACGUCAAGAGACAUUCCCUGGUGCACAAGAAGGAUAAGAAGUACAAGUGCAUGGUGUGCAAGAAGAUCUUCAUGCUGGCAGCGAGCGUGGGCAUCCGGCACGGCUCUCGGCGCUACGGCGUGUGCGUGGACUGUGCUGAUUCGCACCAGGCCACGCAGGAGGGACUGGAGGGCAUGCAGGAGCUGGAGUUCCCCCGUGAUGAUGACUUUGAGGAGCCCGCUGACGGAGACGAGGACAUGGUGGAGGAUGGCGAGGGGGAGGAGCCUAAUGAGAAUGACCAAUCCAACUGCGAGGGUGACGCAGGUGCCACCCCUGAGGAGGACUAAGUUUAAUGCAACUUUAAAAUAACAAGAAAAAUAACAAAGAAUAAAAAAAUAGCUGGGAAACAAUCAACUCCAAAGUGCUAUCAAACCUUGUGGUUGCACGGUAACGUGUAUGUCAAAGAAAACAAAGCUUUGGUAGAUAGGGACUCCAAGAUGUAAAGAUUAUUGUGUGUGUGUGUGUAUGUGUGUGUGUGUGUGUGUGUGUGUGUGUGUGUGUGCAUGUGUGUGCGCGUGUGAGAGAGAGAGAGAGUGUCUAGGCCUACUGCCUGUUCGAGAAAGAGAUGAAAUGAUUCAUGAAAAUCAGGUUUAUCAGUGAUGUAUUUUUUUUUUCUUUUUGGGUAUGAUGGUGUACAGUGUUUUAAGUUACGAUAAGCCAAUCAUCUUAAAAUAUUAAUUAUUUAAUUUAUGAAGAAAGUUAAUAUGGUCUUAUUAAAAUGAUCUAAUUUGCUUUUGUUCCAUGUGUGAUGAGAAAAGUUCCGUUUUAGGCUGUGCCUCCUGGCAAGGUGGAACGUCUAUGGCUUAGACUGCUAUCCUGACUUCAUAGACAAAGCAUUGUUGCCUACAGGAAGAUUUUAUUCCCUUUCAUGUUGUGUAGAUAUGUUUAGUUGUAAUGAAAAUUAAUGAGCUAUAUUUCCUUUCCUUUUUCCCUGCACAAAUCUUGGAAUGAAAAAAAAAAAAAUCUGUUUUGUGACUCUAAUUGACCACAGCCAUAUUUAUGAUUAAAUUAUACUGGGGCUGUGCCAUUGUGCCAAGCAGAAUGCACACCAAGAUUUGUCAGGACACAAACUACUGAAAAUGCAGUGAGAAAAAAUCUGGAAAAAAAAUUAAGUAUAAGGGGAAUAUAUUAUUGCUAGCUUUAUAUGAAUCACAGCAUCACAGUAACACUUUAUAGAGCAUUUUGACAUUCACUUAAAGCUUGAAUUUUGCCAAAUGAAAACGUUUGGUGCUGUAAUGCUUGUUUUUGAAAUACUGGACCUAGAAGCUGUAUAUGAUGUUAAUAAUCGUAAAGCCUACUCAGAUAUACUAAUCAGCUCUGUAUGUAACACUUGUGCUAAAGAGCCUAUCAGGUAUGCUUUGCCAUUGUUUUCUUUAUUUAAUGCACAUACAUACACACACACACAUAUAUAUAAAUCUCACACACCCUGGCAGUAUGUGUAAAGAUGACCCAAAGUUUAGUUUCGGACCUUCUUGAGUUGGUGUGAUGAGGUACUGAGCAUACUGAUAAUCACUUGAAUGGUGUGUGUCAGGUAAUUCUGAAGAAUGCUGAUUGGUUGGCAUGUAUGAAGUUUGUAAAAUACUCCCAUUUUUGGUGCAAAAAAAAUCCUCAUACCAUUUGCGGUCAUUUUAUUUUGAUUCUGUUUUGUAUUUACCAACUUAAAAACACUUUGGUCAUAGUAAUGUAAAGUGGAGCUCUAUGAACAUAGUCAUAGACACGCACUUACUACUUUGCAUUCUUUACUUUAUUUCCCCAAAGCCGGUCUGGAUGGAAAUAAAAGAGAACUGAUAAGUUUA